AUGACAAAACGCUCAGCCUCCCCUGCCUUCGAGCCCAACGGUCGUGUCAAGCCGACACCUAUUCAACCAAGCCCAUUCAAGAUCCUCAACUUGAAUGACGGCGAGACCGUAAAUCAAACCUGCAUCCUAAUCCAUGGCGAAUGUCAGGCUUUUGACUCUGCCGAAACUAAUUUCGUUUCUGUCACGUCUGCGGACAUGCUUCACCGAGCGCAGACUGCCCAUCACUGGCCAUUGAACAAUGGCCAGUGGAGAGCACUUGCACUCCUUGCACCAGGAACCAAUGUGAUUACUUUCGAUCUUCACCACGCGGGCGAAAUCUCAAGUACACUGCGCGUGACAGUGAAUUACAUCCCCCUCCUGCAAUUGCCACCCCUACAUCUUGCGAUCCUUGUCGCAAAGGAUUCGCCUCUCCUCACGGAUUGCCCUCCAGCUAAAUAUGGGGCCAUCUCGACUGCACACAGUAGCAUCGACGCAGCAAUAGCCAAGCUCCGCAUGUCAGCGUACAUGUGGCAGGCUCUUACGGCAGAAGACUUUCGCCAAAAGGGGCUGGGGAGACGUUCAUUUCGCCUGGAAGAAGAGUGGUCUCCUAAUAUGACUGUGCAAGCAUCUCACCGAGCACAUUCCCGCAACAGUCGGGACAUGGGUACCGUUGCAAAAGUUCAUAUUAUCCCGUCGGAGAAGACCGUUGCCCAGCUCAGACACGCUGACGUGGCGCAACAAAAUCCCCACGGUCGGGAUCGGGAUGGCUUGCACCGGUAUUUUGAAGCCGCACUCGCCAAGUUCGGUCCUCCCUUUGAAGCAAAGUGCCGCCCGGUGGUGGCCGGCAUGAUUUUAGAUACGCAUUACUCAACGGCCAAAUCCAUGAUCCUGGGACAUGCAGCAUUGGGUUGCCACAAGCCAGAUGGUAUAUCGCUAGGCAUCUUUGGGAGUCACCUCACCUACUCUUGGCCACGGUUCUUGGAAGAAGUCCCUGCUUGUCUGACAGAUAUGUCCCUCACGGGCAGCACGGUCGGAAACGACAAUGGUGAAUGUGAAACAAUGCGUGGCGCAUGUUUUGUCGGCCAGGGAGCCUUUUUGCACGAGGUCGGCCAUGCCUUCGGCGCUCAACACACAACUGGGAUUAUGGCAAGAGGAUACAGCAAAGCCUGGGGAAUCAACUUUGUCGCCCAUGAGACAAACAACGACAUUGAAAAUGAUGCGAAAUGGGAUCUACAAGAAGCGCUCAAAUUCAGGCUCAUGCCGCACUUCGCGCUUCCUGGAGAUGAACACAUACCAACUGCCAUCCAGUGUGCGAGAGUGAAAAUUCAGAUUGAUUUUGGAACCGAUCGCGAUGACACAAUUCAGAACGACGAUUCUCGCAACGAGGGUCUUCAUGUGUCCUCCGAAGCAGGCCUUGCACAGGUAAAACUGCAGAGCGGCACGGACGAUCCUAUAAUCCAUGAUUUCAUGCAUUCUCCUGAGUACAAGAACCAGAAAACUCUGCGGGUGGAUGAUAUUCGUGGAAAGUUCGACCAAAGCAAACCUUUGACGGUUACCGCUCUUGGAAUGAAUGGAAACCAGCACAUAAUCGCAGACUUAUGGACCAUGCUCAAGGAGAGGCCAUUCAUCACGAUCCCGGGCAGCAACAUGAUUAUUCACAAACAAUCUGUCCGAUCUCAGCAUGUUGAAGCUGCACAAGACUCCAGGGAGUUUGUCCGAUGGGCUAUGCUUCUCCGCCGCCGCGGCCGAGAUAACCAGCUUCAUCGUGCGACAUCAAUUGAUCUCCGGGUUGGAGCGACGAUGGACGGUGCGGUCGUAUAUUACGCCGACGGUAAUUUUGCCAACUGUGGCCCUAUGCUUGACAGGCACACCGGUCAACCGCAUGUAUUUGGCGGAGGCGAGUCAGAAAGACGCGACCUUCCCGUCAAUCAGACGGUUACUCGAGUCAGGAUCCGCAAGGAUGACUCCGGGUGGGGGAGUUUGGCGGGUAUCCGCAUGAGCCUGAGCAAUGGAGACGAGUGGGGUCAUCUCAACGAUUAUAAUUACCACGGCGAUGGCGAAGAAGAGGACGAACCCGUCAUCACGCUUGAGCCUGGAGAUGGUGAGGCUAUUGUGGGCUUCUACGGGCAGAGUGACACGGGAUCCGGGUUCACACACGAGUUCGGCAUUUUGACAGCACAGGAGGGAGUAGAUCUACCAGACAAUGUGUACGAUUUGCCAGAAUUUAGCAAUGCUCAAUGA